UAGCGGGAAGUGUUGAAGAACCGCAGAGGGACGGAACUUAAAACGCAAGCCAAUACAAAGAAGGAAGUGAAAAGUAUCGCUACACGUCAGCGCUCCAAAAGGAGAGUGGGAAACAUGAAAUCAAGUGAUCGAAAAAACUAAAGUAAGAGAUUUUACGAAGUGUGUGUGUGAGAGAGAGAGGCCCUUUGUUAUUGCAUAGUCAAGCUUUGAUACUCCAUCCUUUUACCUGUUGUACCUGUUUGCCGUCGGACCGGGACAAUAAUAGGCCCAAUAGUCAGGCUUGCCGACACCUCGGAGAGAAAUUUUCCAAAUACUUUGGGAACCAGUCCGGCAGGUUCUCACGGCUGCCAGCUGGUACACUAUGAACUAUAGAAACAAAUGAAUCAACAGGGAUUAUUUAACUUAAUUGAAACGACCCACACGCCACCACUCACCCCCCCAAAAAAUAUAUUUUUGGAAUCAAACCAGUUAGUGGAUUUAUUGGCAGGAGGUUUGAUCGUACACAGGUGUUUGUUGUGUGUGUGUCUGUGUGUGAGGGAGAUGACAGGUGAGGUGAGGGCUGUAAUGGGUGUGUCCAAAGCACCCGUUCUCUCACACACACACACACACACUCGCAUAAACCCUGUUGAACCUGUUGCUGCCCGUUCACCCGUCUCCUCCCGUCUCCUUCACCUGACACCGCCUAUAAGAUAAUCUGACUGCAGCACAGUAGCAGUCUGUGUGAUUUAAGCGUAGCCGCGUUUCGGCUGUGGGAUCUCUGUCAGUUAUUCACCUUUGGACUGUGAGCACAGCUUAUCUGCGCCGGGACGACUUGGACUCUAUUUCCUGUUCACGCUCUUCGGCUUCUUACCUGCAUCAUUAAAUAAGUAAAAACAAGACGAUCUUUCUGGACUUUACGUCUCUUGAUUCUCUCGACUGCCAGCGUGAUCAAAACACGGCUGAUGGAUUUAGCUAAUUCUAUCUGGUUGGAAUUGGCAGCUCCCUGCAAAGGGCUGUGAUUGUUUGUGUGAGUGUGGGAAGCUCCAGGUCAGUGAGGGCAGGAUGAUGGAAGAGGUGUCCGCGAUUAUGGCGUACGAUUCCCACGUCAUGGAACAGAUGAGCGAAGACGAGAUCUUGGCCUGCCUGAUCCCGGCCAUUGAGGAUAAACUGGGAGAAAGCCGGCUUCAGUUAAUGAAUGAUGAUGAUUCUUUGGAUAAAUACAUGAAGGAGAACCAUCGGCUUCAGCAGGCCGGCCUCCGCCUGGAGCAGGAGAAUGACAACCUUGCUCACAGAUUGAUCAGCAGCAAGGUUGCUUUGAGGAGCGCUCUGGACAAGGCAGAGGACCGAGUGGACGAGCUCACCAAAGAACUCUUUCAGACCAGACAUCUACUACAGGCUACGGAAGAGGAGAAAAUUGGGAAAGAGGAGGAAGCUGCCGUGUCAAAGGAAGUGUUUCGGAGGGAGCUGGAGAAGGCUGAGCACGAAGUCAGCAGGUCGUCUGGUAUUAUCGCCGACUACAAACAGAUCUGCUCUCAGCUGACAAAGCAGGUGGAGAAGCAGCAAGCCGCCCACAGAGAAGAGUUGGAUGCACUCAAGAGUGCAGUGAAGGCUUGCUCGCGCUGCCGACGUGCCGUGGAAUCGGAGGAACUAUCUGCCGCAGUUCGGAAGUCUCCAAGCGAGGCGGCGGCGGUAGAAGGCCGCGGGACGGCCGAACCGAGCCGAGGGGAGGACGACGACGCUUCCAAAGAUGCAGGGCAGAGGAGAGACGACCAGGAGAAGGAGUCCCUCAGGGCCCAGAUCAGGGAGCAUGAACAGGAGUUGGCCAAGACUAAACUCCAGAUGGUGGAGGCUAAGUGCAAGAUCCAGGAGCUGGAGCACCAAAAAGGAACCCUGGCCAACGAUCUUCAGGGAGCGAAGAACAACUGGAUCAGCAAGGCCUUCACCUCCCUGCGGCCCUCCAGCGAAGGGGGACUUCACAGUAUUAGAAAACCCAGAGAUGGAGCUCCCACAGUGGGCUGGAAGAUCCACAGAAGAUCCUUCUCCGGAUGGAGCACCAAGAAGCUGUCGUGGCCUCACAAAGACAAUCAAGAAAAUGUAUGAAAGCUGCCACUGUGAAUCUGCUGUGGAUUUAAUAAGAGGAUAUGACCUGUAUUAGUUCACACAGACAUGUCAAGUAUGUGGUCGAUCAGCUGCUAUUUCUUGUUUAGUGUGCUAAAGUCACAAAAAGGUUCAUUAUUCUUGAAAUUGUCCUUUACAUACUUCCUUUUUUUCAUAACAAUUUCAAUACAAUAUUCAAACAACUACAA